AUGGCGAGUCAACCACCAGAUGGACCGUCUGGUUCUGCUACUGGGUCAAAGGCGAUCGCCAGCCUUGCUAAGAAACAAAACGAUGUAACCAGGCAGGGUACCCAAAAGCUCAAAUUUACGCCUUUGAAGCGCAAGAAAACAGAGCCUACUGAAGUUAAGCCCGAACCAGUCGCGAAUGCUGCAGUUCCUGCUGAGCAGACAAGGGGACGUGGCCGCGGAAGAGGGGAGGGGCGUGGAAGAGGUGAAGGACGUGGAAGAGGCAGGGGGAGAGGUGCUCCUCCUCCCGUUGAAAUGACCGCUAGCGGUCCAUUCGCGAUGGGCCCGACAAUGGCUGGGACAAGUGGGUUCCGACGCGCUGCCCCAUCCCAGGCAACAGUCGCCGUACCUACAACGGCCUCUAGAAACUCAGCUCUCGGAGUUGGUUUAUCACGAACCACCGCUCCUUCCCUAAAACGCGAACUAGUGGAUGCCGACGUCAAGAAGGACGACGACGAAGUCUACUCUGAACCGGACGAGGGUGUGGAGAUAGUGGAUAUGGAUGAUGUGCAUCAGAUGGAUUGGAUGGCUCCGGAGAGUUUGCGUAGGUUCAAGGCAGCUACCAAAAAGAAACAUGUUAAGCAAGAAGAAGAUAUAAAGGGGAAAGGCAAAGCUAAGGAAACUGCCAUGGACGUCGAUACCCCACCAAUGGCCGCUGAGGUAGACCUCGCCAAUGCCUUAGAUCUCAGCGAAAGUGAAGAAGAGGAAGAAAUGGAGGACCUCGUUGAGGACUUUGCUCGCGCUUCCACCGCUGACGACACGUUUGACUCGCGGCAGGAUCGCCUCUUUUGGUUUCAGUUUCCUAGUCCGUUUCCUACUUUCACAUCUCCACAGCGCAGCGAAGCACAGUCUACGACAAACACCCCCGAGCCCACGGCAACCACAUCACAAAAUUCAGGCAAAAAAGUUGCAUUUGCGCCGGACACGAAGCCUCCUGCCCCAUCUUUGAAGUCAUCGCCUUCCGUUGCGCCGGAGGAAGAGAAGCAAGCUGAACCAACUAUCGACGGCAUCAUCGGGCAACUAGAAGUGUACCAAAGCGGCGCUGUCAAGAUCAGACUUGGUAACGGCAUUUUACUGGAUGCUGCUGCCGCUACGCAACCCGCAUUCCUUCAACACGCGGUGUACCUUGAUGAAGAGAAUAAGCGCAUGUGUGUCCUAGGGGAGGUCAACAAACGCUUCACUGUGUCUCCAAAUGUUGACAUGUUGCUCAACGCUUUGGAAGCGGCAGAUAAAGUGCCUGUAAUGCUUGAGGGAGAGCAAGACAUGAUUACAAUGGACGACAUCAUCUAA